AUGUUACCAGAACUGGAGGGCUUUGUUAACUUAGUGGCGAUUGUGAUCCUGUCUCUGAGAAACUGCGGACUCUCUGAAUGCAUCUCCCUUUACCUGGUGGGAAUGGCAGCAGCUGAUUUAAUGGGUGUUAUUUUUGCUGUUGUACUCUCUGAGAUCAAUAAUAUUUAUAUUUAUGCCCUUCCUUUGCUCAUUACACCGAUUUGCUCCGUGUCUCAUGUACUGAGGCUCGCAACCAUGGACUGUUCUGUUUGGCUCACGGUGGCUUUCACGUUUGAUCGCUGUAUUGCAAUCUGUUGUCAAAAGCUGCGGGAACGAUACUGCACCGAGAGGACAGCGACUAUUGUGAUAGUAAUUGGGUGUUUAGGAAGUUGUGCGAAAAGUGUUCCAGUGUACUUUCUUUUAGAACCUCACCUUAUCAUUGAUAACGUACCCUGGCGAUGCAUUUUCAGAACGGAUUACUUCACUGUACCAAUGUGGAAGGCAUACCAGUCGUUUAACACUAUCACUACUCCUUUAUUGCCGAUCGGUUUGAUUUUACUGUUUAGUGCUUUAACAGUCAGUCACAUUAUCGCGGCAAACAGAGCUCGCCGGGGGCUCAGGAACAGCAGCGAGAAAAGGAAUGAUCCAGAGAUGGAGAACCGGAGAAAGUCAAUAAUUUUGUUGUUCGCUCUGUCAGCCAAUUUCAUAUUGUUGUGGAUGCUCUUUAUUGUAUACACUAUGAAUUGGCAAGUCGAGAAUUACUUUUACACAAAUAGGUAUUUGAAUACCCCGACGUAUAUCCUGCAACAGUUUGGGUUUAUGUCGCAGUUUCGGUCCACCUGCACCAACACGUGUAUCUACACUCUGUCACAGAGGAAAUUCAGGGAGGAGCUGAAGGCUGGAGUCAAACAUCUGAUGACGUUAUGUGGUCGGCUCUGUGGGUAA